AUGAUAAUGAAUCAAGUACCACCAUCAACGUCACAACAAACAAUGUAUAUGCCUAAUUCUAGUACAAUAGAUAAUCAAAUGAUAUCAACACCUAUAACAAUGAAUAGUUCACAAUUAAAUUUAUUUAAUCAUCAAAUAAGUGCAUAUAAAUAUCUUAUACGUAAUCAGCCUAUACCCGAACAACAUCUUAUUGUAAUAAAACGUAAUCAACAACAAUAUUAUCCUUCUAAACAACUAUCAAAUUCAUCAUCAUCAUCAUCUCCUCUAAUUGAUUCAUCUCGUUAUAAACCAUCACCUAUAAAUGGUAAUAUACCAUCACGUUAUUAUCCUCCAAUACCAAUAAAUUAUCAAAAUCAAUCUGUACCACCAAUUCCGUCUAUAACAGAUAAUGUAACAAAUACAAAUUAUUCAACAACACGUAUAAAUAAUCAUCGUUUAACAUUAAUAACAAAACCUAUUGGUAUUGAUGUACAAAAUAUUAUUAAUGAACGUGAUAAUCGUAUACAAAAUAAUAUUCUUAUACGUAUAAAUGAAUUAGAAAAAGUUUUACAAACUAUAACACAAGAUAAUCAUCGUACACGUAUAAUGAUUGAAUUAAAAGCAUUAAAAUUAUUAAAUUUUCAAAGACAAUUACGUUCUGAAAUUAUUACAUGUAUGCGUUUAGAUUCAAAUCUUGAAACAGGUACAUAUCCACGUUUAUAUAAACGUCCUAAACAAUUUGGUUUACGUGAAGCACGUGCAACUGAAAAAUUAGAAAAACAACAAAAAGCUGAAAUUGAUCGUAAACGUCGACAAAAACAUCAAGAAUAUUUAACAGCUAUAUUAACAGUUGCACGUGAAUUUAAAGAAUAUCAUAAAACAAUACAAUUAAAAACAAAUAAAUUAGCACGUUCAAUUGUAUCAUGGCAUCAAAAUACUGAACGUGAACAAAAAAAAGAACAAGAAAAACGUGAACGUGAACGUAUGCGUCGUUUAAUGAAUGAAGAUGAAGAUGGUUAUAGAAAAUUAAUUGAUGAAAAAAAAGAUAAACGUUUAGCAUAUUUAUUAUCACAAACAGAUGCAUAUAUAAUAAGUUUAGUUAAUCUUGUUAAAGAACAUCAAAAUGAUUUAAAAAAGAAAAAAAUGGAAAAAAAACAUUUAAAUGUUUUAAAUGAUGAUAAAAAUUAUUUACAUAUUAAAGUUAAAAAUAUAGCAACAGGAGAAAUUAAAGAUGGACAAGAUGCACCAUUAGCAUCAGAACUUGAUAAUUGGUUAGAAAAAAAUCCUGGUUGGCAACCAAUACCAAGAGAAAAUAGUGAUGAUGAAGAUGAUGAUACAUCACGUGAUAUAGCAGCACGUUUAGCUGAAACAACAGCUAUAAUACCUGUACCAACAGCUGAUGAACAAGAAAAAGGUGUUGUUGAAGAUGAAAAAAUUGUUAAAGAAGUAUUAACUAAAGCUAAACAAGCAACAGAAGAUGAUGAAUAUCAUACAGCAUCAUUAGAUUCAUAUUAUGCUGUUGCACAUCGAGUUCGAGAACGUGUUACAAAACAAUCAUUACUUCUUGUUGGUGGAACACUUAAACCGUAUCAAAUACAAGGUCUUGAAUGGCUUGUUUCAUUAUAUAAUAAUAAUCUUAAUGGUAUUCUUGCUGAUGAAAUGGGUCUUGGAAAGACAAUUCAAACAAUUGCGCUAAUUACUUAUUUAAUGGAAGUAAAAAAAGUCAAUGGACCUUAUUUAAUUAUAGUACCAUUAUCUACAUUAGCUAAUUGGGUGAAUGAAUUUGAAAAAUGGUCACCAGCUGUUUCAACAAUAAUCUUUAAAGGUAAUCCACAAAUACGUAAAACACUUGGUUAUACAUUAAGAAAUGGUAAAUUUAAUGUUCUAUUAACAACUUAUGAAUAUAUUAUCAAAGAUAAAGCAUUAUUAUCAAAAAUAAAAUGGCGUUAUAUGAUUAUCGAUGAAGGUCAUCGAAUGAAAAAUCAUCAUUGUAAAUUAACUCAAGUACUUAAUACAUAUUAUGUUGCUCCACAUCGUUUAUUAUUAACUGGUACACCAUUACAAAAUAAAUUACCUGAAUUAUGGGCAUUAUUAAAUUUUCUUUUACCAUCUAUAUUUAAAUCAUGUACAACAUUUGAACAAUGGUUUAAUGCACCAUUUGCAACAACAUGUGAAAAAGUUGAACUUAAUCCGGAAGAAACAUUACUUAUUAUAAGACGUUUACAUAAAGUUUUACGACCAUUUCUAUUACGUCGUCUUAAAAAAGAAGUUGAAUCACAAUUACCAGAUAAAAUUGAAUACGUUAUUAAAUGUGAUAUGUCAGCAUUACAAAGAGUCAUGUAUAAUCAUAUGCAAUCAAGUGGCAUUCUUCUUACAGAAGACAAAAAUGGUAAAGGAAGUAAUCCAAAAGCCUUAAUGAAUACAAUAAUGCAAUUACGUAAAAUUUGUAAUCAUCCAUUUAUGUUUAAUGAAUUAGAAGAAAAAAUUGGUGAACAUUUAAAUUAUGCUAAUGGUGUUUGUAAUGGAGCUGAUCUUUAUCGAGCAUCAGGUAAAUUUGAAUUACUUGAUCGUAUAUUACCAAAACUAAAAGCAACAAAUCAUCGUGUUUUACUUUUUUGUCAAAUGACAUCAUUAAUGACAAUAAUGGAAGAUUAUUUUGCUUAUAAAAAUUUCACUUAUUUACGUCUUGAUGGUCAAACAAAAUCUGAAGAACGUGGAGAUUUAUUAGCAAGAUUUAGUGAAGCUAAUUCAGAUUAUUUCAUUUUCUUAUUAUCAACACGUGCUGGUGGUCUUGGUUUAAAUUUACAAAAAGCCGAUACCGUUAUUAUAUUUGAUUCUGAUUGGAAUCCACAUCAAGAUUUACAAGCACAAGAUCGUGCACAUCGUAUAGGACAAGUAAAUGAAGUUCGUGUAUUACGUUUAAUGACAGUAAAUAGUGUUGAAGAAAAAAUCUUAGCAGCUGCUCGUUAUAAAUUAAAUGUUGAUGAAAAAGUUAUUCAAGCUGGAAUGUUUAAUAAUAAAUCAACAGGAAAUGAACGAAGACAGUUUUUACAACAAAUACUUCUACAAGAAACAGAAGAAGGUGAUGAAGAAGAAGAUGAAGUUCCAGAUGAUGAAGUUAUUAAUCAAAUGAUUGCACGAACUGAAGAUGAAUAUAAUUUAUUUAAUAGAAUGGAUCGUGAACGAAGACAUGCUGAAGCUAGAAUGCCUAAUCGUAAACCACGACUUCUUGAACUGUCUGAAUUACCUGCAUGGUUAACAAAAGAUCCAAAAGAAUUAGAAAAAGCUAUACUAGAUCAAGAAACAUUAGAUCUAUUUGGACGCGGUACUCGACAAAGAAAAGAAGUCGAUUAUUCAGAUUCAUUAACAGAUAAAGAAUGGCUUAGGGCAAUUGAAGAUGGAACAUUAGGUACACCUGAACAAGAUAAAAAACGUCGACGUAAACGACGUGUUGCUAAUAAUAUUGAUUUUGAUGAUGACGAUGAUGGUCAACAUGAUGAAAACGAUAGUAAACAAGGAGAUAAUGAUAUGGAUGUAAUUACUUCAAAAGUUGGUAGACGUGCUGGAAAACGUAAAUUAAAAGAAACAAAUAAAAAAUAUUCGGAUGAUCCAAUACCAGCUAAAUUAUUUAAACAAAUGACAACAUUAUUAGAAUUUGUAAUUAAAUAUCGAGACAAUGAUGAUAACCGAAUAUUAAGUAAACCAUUUAUGCGUUUACCAACACAAAAAGAACUACCUGAAUAUUAUGAAACAAUUAAAAAUCCAGUUGACUUUAAUAAAAUUAAGAAAAAACUUGCUGAACAUCGUUAUCGAAAUUUAGAUGAACUUGAAGCUGAUGUUAUGCUCUUAUGUAAAAAUGCACAAGAAUUUAAUAUGGAAAAUUCAACUAUUUAUGAAGAUUCAAUUAUUCUUCAAUCUGUAUUUACAAAUGCACGUGAACGAAUUGAAAAAGGAGAUAUUCCAAUUAGUUCUAAUUCAGAAGAAGAAUCAGAUGAUGAUGAACCACUGAAAAAACGCGUCAAAAAAGAGACCAAUGUGAAAAAGAAAUCUCAAACUCAAUCACGUACAUCUGGUAAUGGAAAUAAUACUACAAGUAGUCGUCGUAAAACUCGUGUAAUGAGUGACGAUGAAGAUAUGAUAAUGGAUGAAACAAAUCAAUCUUAUGGUGGUGUUGAUGAUGAUGAUGAUGAAGGAACUCGUGGCUCUAAUUCACGUCAAAAAUGA